AUGGAGUUUCUUGAAAGAACUUAUCUUGUGAAUGACAAAGCCACCAAGAUGUAUUCCUGCACAUUAGACAGUGUGGAACUCCGACAGAAGCCCCUGAAUAAAGAUCAGUGUCUUGGAGAGAAGCCAGAGGAGCUGGAGACAGGAGUCUUUUAUCACUGCCACCACCACUUCAAGGCUGCUGAGAACAGGGCAAAGGAACAAGUCCAUGCCAAGUGGAAACUCGCCACUGCUUCGGCAAUAUGCUUCGUUUUCAUGAUUGCAGAGGUCGUGGGUGGCCACAUUGCUGGGAGUCUCGCUGUCAUCACGGAUGCUGCUCACCUCUUGAUUGACCUGACCAGCUUCCUGCUUAGUCUUUUUUCAUUGUGGUUGUCAUCCAAGUCCCCCUCCAAACGGCUGACAUUUGGAUGGCACCGAAUAGAAAUCCUUGGCUCCCUGCUGUCUAUCUUCUGCAUCUGGAUGGUGACAGGCGUGCUGGUCUACUUAGCAUGUGAGCGCCUGCUGCGGCCUGACUACCAGAUCCAGGCCACUGUGAUGAUCAUUGUCUCAGGCUGUGCUGUGAUAGCCAACCUCAUACUAAGUGUGAUUUUGCAUCAAGGGUGGCCUGGACACAGUCAUAAGGAAGCACAAGCCAAUGCCAGUGUCAGAACAGCUUUUAUACAUGCUCUUGGUGAUCUGUUUCAGAGCGUCAGUGUGCUAACAGGUGCACUUAUUAUCUACUUUAAGCCAGACUACAAAAUAGCAGACCCAAUCUGCACAUUUGUCUUUUCCAUCCUGGUUUUGGCCAGCACCAUCACUAUCUUAAAGGACCUUUUCAUCUUACUUAUGGAAGGUGUGCCAAAGGGCCUGAAUUACGAUGUUGUCAAAGGGCUCAUCUUAGCAGUCGAUGGUGUGGUAUCUGUGCACAGCCUGCAUGUCUGGUCUCUAACAAUGAACCAAGUGAUUCUCUCAGCUCAUGUUGCUACAGCCGCCAGCCGGGACUGCCAGGUUGUUCAGAGAGAGAUCUCCAAAGCCAUCAGCAAUAGUUUUACCGUGCACUCUCUCACCAUUCAGAUGGAAUUGCCAGUUGACCAAGACCCAGAGUGUCUUUUCUGUGAAGAUCCCCCAAACUAG